CUCUAGAUUCAUUAUCAUAGGGAUCCCUAAAGCGCAAACAAGGGGUCUGUGGUCUCUCCUCCCACCCCACCCCCAAGAUUUUGUUCCAGUGUUGAAACCCCUGGAUAUCCUUCAGAGACCCUUGAGGGUCACCAGAUCCCACUUUGAUAACACAGAUCUUGAGAAUUAAAAAAAAAAAAAUCACACAUUGCAUAUUAAACGCAGCUCACUAAAUGUUAUUGCACACGCUUCAGACAUGUACGCCUGUGCCAAGUUCGUAACCGUCCCUUCUGUGCUCCGUGGAGGCUCCAGGGUACUGGCCCGGCCUGUCUCUGUGUCCGUCUUCAACAGACCUGAAGCCAGAACUGAGCAGGCAGCCAUCUUGCCUGUGAAUGAGGCAUCUCUUCUGAACGCGAGGCGGAGCUUUCAGACCAGUGCUCUUUCCAGAGACAUUGACACUGCAGCAAAGUUCAUUGGUGCUGGUGCUGCUACAGUGGGGGUCGCUGGAUCAGGAGCUGGAAUCGGGACUGUGUUUGGUAGCCUGAUCAUUGGCUAUGCCAGGAAUCCAUCCCUGAAACAACAGCUUUUCUCUUAUGCCAUCUUGGGGUUUGCCCUGUCUGAGGCCAUGGGGCUGUUCUGUCUGAUGGUGGCAUUCCUUAUCCUGUUUGCCAUGUAAUUUAGGCCUCUCUUCUUUGCCCAAGCGACCAUCCAGGGAUCAGAAUCUGAAGCACAGCUCACAAGGCCGUAGCUAUGCCAUUCCAACAAAUGACUAGAAAUAUAUUGUCCAUUUUCUCCCCUUCCUUCCCUCCAUGAGGUUUUUAUGUAAUUUCUCACUAUAGUUUGGGACAGUCUGUCUAAAUAAAUGGGUGGGAUGACUUUA